UCCCAUUGAUGCCUCGGUCCCAUCCUUUGUUCUCCUGCUAUGAUUGUGCUUCUCCUCCUGGGUGUGCUGGUGGCCCCGCAUGUCGGGGGCCAUCCUCUGGACACCCCACACCUUCCACGGGAGCUGCCUCCAGGACUCUCAAAAAAUAUCAAUAUCACAUUCUUCAAUGGGGUGUUUAAAAACGUGGAAAAUGUGGCUGAAAUUUUUGAUUGCCUGGGCUCCCGCUUCACCUGGCUGCAGGCCGUCCUCACCAGCUUCCCCGCGCUGCUGCAGUUCGUGAGCGGCAUGAAGUGUGUGGCCGGGCUCUGCCCCCGGGACUUCGAAGACUACGGCUGCGCCUGCAGGUUUGAGAUGGAAGGGCUGCCUGUGGACGAGUCUGACAGCUGCUGCUUCCAGCAUCGCAGGUGCUACGAGGAGGCCGCUGAGAUGGACUGUCUCCAAGACCCUGCCAAGCUUAGCACAGAUGUCGACUGCAUCAGCAAGACCAUCACGUGUGAGUCCAGGGACCCUUGUGAGCACCUGCUGUGUACCUGCGACAAGGCUGCUAUAGAGUGCUUGGCUCAGUCCAGUAUCAACUCUUCUCUGAACCUUCUGGACACUUCCUUCUGUCUGGCUCAGCCUCCAGUGGUUCCUGUGGAGCCCACCGACACUGGCCUGAUGGCCCUCUCAGGAGAAGGACCAGGCCAAGCCCAGGAAGGCACGGAAGCCCAGAGGGCCACACCCCCCCCAGCCUGUGACAGGUUCACCUUCCUGCACCUGGGAAGCGAGGACAACACGUGGGUGAUGCCACAGCUUGGAGAGAUGCUCUUUUGUCUGACAUCCCGGUGCCCAGAGGAAUUUGAAUCUUACGGCUGUUACUGUGGCCAAGAAGGACGAGGUGAACCGAGGGAUGCUCUGGACAGGUGCUGUUUGUCCCAUCACUGCUGCCUGGAGCAGGUGCGAAGGCUAGGCUGCCUGCCCGAGAGGCUUCCUCAGUCACCGGUGGUGUGCGUGGAUGGUGCGCCCAAGUGUGUCGGGCAGAGCCUGUGUGUGAAGCUGCUUUGUGCCUGUGACCAGACAGCGGCCGAGUGCAUGGCCUCUGCCUUCUUUAACCAAAGCCUCAAGACAUCAGGCAGACAAGAGUGCCAGGGCCACCAGCUAUCCUGCGAGGACGGCAUGGGCGGAGGGCCUUCAGCUUCCUCCCUUGGCUCCAGCUCUGAGGAGAACAGUGAGGAAGCCACGCCCCACAUGGACGGCCUAAGAAGAACCAGAAUAUUUAUGGGGCAGUCACUUGGUCCUCUGGGGAGGCCACAAGGUCCCAGAUAGAUCCCCAGAGAAAAUGACAAGCAUACCCUGUAGUUCUGUUCCUCCCGUGACCUUCACCUCUUUGGGCUCAGUCUCCUCCUCUAUCCUCCUCUGUCCUCUAAGCAGAGGCUCAAAGGGAAGAGAGGCAGCGAGACUCUCAGUUCACAUUCAAAUGUGC